UCAUAUGUAGAUAGUUGCGCGACUUGGUUGCAGUACGAACAGAUAGGAUAAAUCGAACGAUAAUUGGGAAAAUUUCGGUGUUAUCUCCAGAAAUAUACAAGAAAAAAUACCUUCUAGUUUUCUAGUAAUCAUUCGCGUUGUGUUUUUAAUGUUUCUAAUUAAGUAUUAUUCCAUUAAUUAUUGUUUUUGAAAUUUCGGAAUGGAUCCAAAAAUUGUUAUCAUUGGUGCGGGAGUAGCUGGUAUUGCAGCAGCUAGAAAGUUGUUAGAACGCGGUUUUCGGAAUAUUUUAGUGCUAGAGGCCGAAAAUAGAAUUGGUGGUCGGAUACAAACUAUUCCCUUCGGUGCCAAUGUAGUUGAUCUAGGCGCUCAAUGGUGCCACGGAGAGGGAACUAACGCCGUAUACCAACUAGCACGUCAAUACAACCUUCUUCAGGUGGCCAAAGUAAAUUACCACCGAUUCGACUGUAUUCAGUCCAAUGGAGAAUCUGUUCCAACCCAGUUAACUGAUUAUUUGAUUGUUUUGAUCAAAGGAAUCCUGAAAGCGGCUGAGGUUGAUUUCAAGAAUCCCAAUGGAAUUUCUCUAGGAGCAUACUUAUCCAAAAGGUAUGCAGAACUACUUGAUGAUCCUAAGAACUCGCAUAUCGAUCGUGAGAUAGCUUCUCAAUUCCUCGAAAUGUACAUGAAAUUUGAAUGUUCCUAUACUGCUGCUGACAGUCUCUCCGAUAUAUCUGGAUUUGGAUAUUGUACUUAUCUAGAAACCGAAGGUAAUCAGCACCUUUCUUGGAAGAAUAAAGGAUUUAGUACGCUCUUAGAUAUAUUGAUGGGUAAGUAUAAUGGGGACACAAUUGGCCGAUUGCUGAAAAGACGCAUUUUGCUUAAAAAGAAAGUCAAAAAAAUCUUAUGGAAUGCUGGAGAAAACUCCAAAGUUCUUAUUAAAUGUGAGAAUGAGGAUGUUAUCGAAGCAGACCACGUCAUUUGUACAGUGUCACUUGGUGUUCUGAAGGAAUGUCAUAAGCAUCUGUUCAGCCCCGAACUACCACUUCACAAUUUGCGUGCUAUUGAGUCCCUGAAGCUGGGCACUGUUAACAAAUUAUUUCUUGAAUUUGAAAAAGCAUUUUGGCCUAUCAAUUGGAAUGGCUUCAACUUGCUAUGGUCUGAAGAGGACCUUACGCGUAUUACUCAGAGCAAAGACAGGUGGCUAGAAGAUGUUUUCGGUUUCUAUCCUGUUGAUUAUCAACCAAAUGUGCUGUGUGGGUGGAUUUUGGGAGAAAAUGCACGAUACGUGGAAUCACUGCCAGAAAACGAAAUAUUGGAUGGUCUUAUGUUCUUAUUAAGGAAGUUCUUAGGGUGGAAUGUUCCAUGUCCACUUAGAUUUAAACCAACAAAAUGGUAUACAAAUUCCAACUUCCGUGGGUCAUAUUCAUACUUCACUUUGAAAGCUGAACAGGCAGGAGUAACACCAGCUGACUUAGCAAGACCAGUUUCGCGACACUCCGCAGCACUUCCAGUACUGCUAUUUGCAGGCGAAGCUACCCAUGAAAGCUAUUACUCAACAGUUCAUGGUGCCAUCGAGACAGGUUGGAGAGAAGCUAAUCGAAUUGCAAGCUUCUAUCCUGCAAGAAAUAAAUCCCAUCUAUAAAUUGUAUAUAAAGAAAUAUUCGAAAAUAUCAUAGUUGACAACAGGGUAAAAGCAAUUUGUAAGAAAAUAAAAUCAAAUUCCUAUGAA